UUGGGUUAAUGAUAUGUAUUUGCGAGUAUUCAGAACCAAUUUUUCUGUACCUUUGUGUUUGUAGAAAAAUAACAUGGCGGUUUUACUACAACCCAAAUAUCUUCCUGAUAUGAUGCUCGUGUUAAAGAAACACCUUCCACAAUCGAUAAUGGUUUAUCAACCAAUAUCAUUAAUAGUACGAGGGUUGACCGGAUAUGACGUGUAUGUGGACAAAUGGCCGGACUUUAGUGCUGUUCUCAUAAAAACUACAGAGCAAGCCUUGAAGGAUCCUGAUCACGAGAAAAUCACACAUCUUUACAAGUUUGAAGAGGCAGAAGAUAAUGUGUUACGGAAUUUGCUCUAUAAAAGUGGUAUCUUGAGCCAGCCUGUUAUCCUCUUUCCUGGUUUAUGGACCAAAACCUUACAGAUAGUUAACAACGUUCUGUGUACGUCACCGGAAGCACUGUAUGUGGAACAUUUGGCGGCGGAAGUGCCACUGUACUACUGUGCUACAGGGAUCCAAUUACCUGACCUACCACAAGGAUAUUCCGUAAGAAGUCUCCGAUCAGAAGAUUAUGAAACAAUUAUAACGGGUGUGUGGUACAAAGAUUUUGACUAUGUCAAGAGCGUAAAGCGCAUGUUACUGCUUGAGGGUCUAAGUGUUGGUAUCGAAGACUCAUCCGGCCAGCUGGUGGCCUGGACAUUACAGCACAUCACUGGAUUGUUGGGAAUGACAUACGUCAUUCCGGAACACAGGGAUAAAAAGUUAGGGAAAUACAUAACUGUAGCUCUAACACAGAAAAUGAUAGCUCAGGAUGGAUGCUGUAUGGCCGGUAUAGAUGACGGAAACUCGGUAUCGGUGGCAUUACAUGAAAGAAUUGGGUUUACGAAAAUGGAACAGCCAUUUAGUACAGCAUUUUACUAUAGAAAAGGAUUGAAUCAUAGUAGUAUAGAACAACUUCCCAGUCAGUCUUCAGCGAGCAAGUACUGGAAAUAAAUAACUAUCUAUUGUGUUCGUAAUAUUAUUGUGAAACAGAAUUAUAGUUAUGUAUGAUUCCGAGGAUCCCGGGUGGCUAUCAACUGAAGGGCAUCGUGUCUCAACAUUAGCCAUGUUUUUUGGUAGCCGGAAGAGCAAUAGAGAUGAUUUCGCCUGUCGUUGCUAGUCUGUCUGACAGAUUUAAUAAUAAUAUUGUGUGAGACAUUAAAACAAGGCGCACAAAUGUCAUCGAAUACACAAAUGUACAACCAAUUUGACAUGAUCAUGGAUUCCGUUGUUAAAAUGAAAUAUCGUUUAAUGUAAAAACCAUGAAAUAAUACCAUUAUGUCUACAUUGUAAAAGUAAACUCAUAAAGUCGGAAGACUCCACAGAUUGUUCUCACUAUAAUAACAUAUUCAUUGGCCAAGGUAUAAAUCAAUAGGACAUGGAAAUUAACUGAACCUCAUAUGGAACUACAUAUUGUACGUUGUAUUUUGGGGCCAUUCAUUUGAUCUGUACGGUAUCCAAAUAUGAAAUGUAGUUUCUUGUUAAAAUCAAGUGUCAUUUUUAACGAAAUUAAGCUCUCGUAUCCGUGUCGAUCAAUACGUUGCGAAUGUUAUACAUAUGUCUAAUAUUCAUGCAUCAUGUCUUUGUAACUGAAAUGCUUUUUCCUUGGUUUCUUGCUCGUAGAAAAUGUCAAUAUUCACACAUAAGAAAUGUCAGUAGUCAUAGUAGAUGGAUAGUUUGUUAAGGGUUAAGAACUUGGAAAGACCUGCUGGACCUGUUACUGUUCCAUUGAUGAAACAACUCUCGGGAUCCAUAAUGUUAAGUUGCGUUUAAUUACAAUCUAAAACAAACAUUAGUGAAAGACUCUGUGAUCGAUACAAUUGAUCGUCUGCAGUAAUGAAGGCUAUUUUCAUAAUUCGUUUUGAGCAUCCUGUACACAGAAUUCCAUUAUAUUUUGAAAAAGGCAUCCUUAAAUGUCAUGUAAAUGCUAUAGUAUACCAUAAAAAUUAUAUCGUUACCAAUUAUCAAUCAGUUGACUAAAUGACAAUGGAAUGAGAUAACUUAGUUGAAUAUUUAAUAUUUAAUUGUAGAGUUUAACAUUAUCUUUGUAAAUUAUAAAUAAUUAUUGAUGUAAUGUAUUUAACUAUUCUAAUAAAACAUGUUUACACUGA